AUGCUUUCACCCGAGAGGUUAACCAAGCCGGUCACCAUCAACACCAACAUCCCUAGUCCUCUAGCCCCCGAGGAGAUCGCAUGGUCAGACUCUAGCAAAGAGAAGACAGAAGUAAACCCACCGACCAUCCAGCUCAAGGUGUGCUCUGAGCUUUUGCAGUAUGCAACUGCCGUGCAGUAUUUUGGUGGUAAAGGUCAGCUAGGGGUUGUACAGGAUGGGAAUGGACAACCUGUUAUGUUCUCCAUCGGGACUGACGACCAACUAUAUUGUCUGACUCAUGUCAACGGCAUCUCCGCAGGAUGGAAGAUGCACAAUAUCAGCCCAAUCAAAACUAGGAUUGUUGCAUUUGACGUGUUCGUGGACUCAUCCAAGAAGCUUCACAUAGGAGCAGCUACCCUGGACAGCGAUGGGAUGACCACCGUCCAUCACGCUUUGAUUUGCCUUCCUCAAAAAGAUACUCCCGACCGGAGCAAAGUCGCAGGCGAACUCGACUUGAGUGUCAUUCCGUGGACUACUAUAUCCGACAACCUUGGGCGGCGACAGGUCUCAUAUCUCACAAUUGGGCCCCGCAAAGCCUCAGACAAGACCCAGUCCUCUAUUUUGCUCACGGUGGGCACGUCAGCUACCCAGAAUUUCACGGCCACUCAUUAUACAAUCGACCCUACCCCAGGACUUCCAAAUCCGUGGAAGCCAUUUGAAAUUCCUCGUGAUGCAGGAGAAAUCAUGCAAAUUCUUCCUGCGAAACUGAAGUCCGGCAAUGGGGUUUUUGUUUUGUUCAAACAACAUGGCUGUACCGAUUGCUUCACCACAAUCUUUGACCCUACCACCGGUGAACGGUCGCAUGAUCUGAGAACCCUUCUUUUGAAGAGCCUAGGAGAGCUGAGAGAAAUCUGUGCAAACUCCAAUCCUUGGGGAAUGACGGAUCUAGUUGUAGCUGGAGAGAAAGGAGUUGGCUUUGUGAAUUAUGCAAAUCCGACUGGUGCUCCCGUCUUGGUCGACGGGCUUCAAGAUAUUAGGUUCAAGCAGGUUGUUUGCUCAGAAGCUAUGGACCAAACCAGCAAUAAUGUACAGACCAAAUUGACGCUUUUUGCUGUCAGCGAUGAUGACGAGUUGUAUUUUAUUCAAGGUACUCGACAACUCAAAGGCAACCAAGUCAAGCUCUUCUCCUCUGGCCUUCCAAUUCGGAGCAAUGUCCAACGUAUAUCCUGCCAAUACAAUGCUACCACUGACACAAGCGAGUUGAUCUUCGUGACAGGGGGUGGCAAUGAUGUCAAACAUCUACUGCGCGACCCCCAGACCACUUGCUGGAGUGAAAAUACAGUUCAAUUCGCGUCUCCAACUGCCCUGCAACAAUUCAAGGCAUAUGUCACGACUGUGAGCAUCACCGAGUCUACUGGCAGAAGUGUUGGGAAGGACUUUCCGGCCAAGAUCAAAUCAGAAUCUUCCAUGGUUUUGGUCAACGACCGUUCAUAUGCCCUAAGCAAGAAAGCCACCAACAUCCGAACCGACCACCACGGACAAAUUGUCAUUGUUUCAGCAGUUACCGACCAGCUCGAUGGGCCUGUUUACGACCUUGAGAUUGACAAUUCCGGCGUCAGAUUUUCGACCAAGAUAUACGCAGCUCAAAGAGUUAUGGGAAUUCUGAGCAACAUCAAAGACGUCAAAUCACUGGCGGCCGCGAAAUCCAGUAGUGGAGAAGCCAUUUUCUCUCAGGAUGAGAUAAGUUCAAAAAAGGCAGAGUUUGAAGCCUCAGCAAAUCUAUUGUCCAAUUUUUCGACGAUGCUUUCAUCCGUUGAUGAAGAUACAAAGCAGAUUGUGCCCAUUGGAUCAGGAAAUUCAAGCGAUAUCGCUGUCUGUGUGGAAAAGACCGCCGACGGCGUGUGCACUGUGACAGAUGAAGGAUGGUUUGAUAAAGCCGUGAGACUCGGCAAAGAAUAUAUGGGCGAUGCCCUUGAGUUUUUGCGAAGUAUGGUCAAGAAGGUAUUCAAAUUCGCCUUCAAGAUUGUCGGUAAAGUGGUGUCUUUCGUCAUCAACAUUGGGUCAAAAGUAUUUUCGUUCGUUGUCAGUACUGUUGGGCCUCUAGUGAGAGCAGUAGGCAACUUCCUCCGCGAUGUCUUGGGAGUAGACUUUGGACAGCUCUUUUCCUGGCUUGGUCUGUCAUUUGAUGUUAGCAAGACAAAGGCAAUACAGAAGGAACUGAUUGAGAUGGUGAAUGGAAUCGGUGAUAUGUCUAUUCGCUUCACAAAGGUCAAUCGGAGCACACUCGACCAAGGCCUCGACUCUAUCAAAGCAAAGCUUGAGGCCUAUAUUGCCGAUACCAGAAAGGCCCCUCAAGCAGCUAAUGAGAAUCCAAGAUCUCUUCUUCGUGAUUCUCCCCUCGCAUGGCUCUUUGAUAACCCAGUCAUCAAAUUCUUAAUGAAAUUCAACCCCCUGUCCAUUAUCUUGGAAGCGGCAGGUGAGGCGUUCGAGGAAGGAGAGCUCGGCGAAAUGUUUCAAUUUCCUUCUUUUGCUGCACUCAAUGAUAUUCUGACCGAUACGUUGCCUCGAAUCCUCGAGUCGCAACUUGCUAACCUGGUUCGUCUUUUGGAGGACAUGGCCGAGAAACUGCAACCAAUGAUAAAAGAUCCAUCCACCACUUUCUCGGUGCUCAAGGAUCUUCUACAAAACGUGUUUUGGACGUUAUUUGAUGCUAUUAAGCUCAUGAUUCAAGGUGUAUGGGAUAUCAUGGGAGGUAUCAUUGAGCAGGCCAUGGAAUUCUUCAAAGGCAAAUGGAAGUUACCUCUCAUCACCUCUCUGUUCGAGUGGUACGCGGAACAAGACUUCUCAUUGUUGAAUGUCACCACAUUUGUGGCAGCUCAGGUAAUAUAUCUCAUUUAUGGCGAUUCCACUUGGGACUCAAUUGGCCGUCCUCAAGACAUCACAAACAAACUACAGAACGUGGAUUUGGACAUGAAGCCUCUUCUAGGUCUUUCAAAGCAGCAAUCAAAUCAAAGCGUGCCCACGGUCGAUGCUCUGGAUGGCAAAGCUGUUUUCUCCAACAGCGUUACUUCCCCGAAGUACGAGAUCACAAAGCGCAAUCUAAUGGUGAGCACAACUGAGAAUGCUCCACCAGUCACUCUGAAUCUGCUCCAGACAGCUGCAAAGAAGGAUCACCAUCACAGCUCUCUCUCUACAAACGCACAGGAUGCACUGAAGGCAUAUCAUCAUCGUCGAAAGUGGUGCACUACUUCUCUUGGGCUACUCAGAAGCGUGACAGUGCUGAUGGAAGCUUACCAUGGGACCACAGUAGCCCUCGCUUCUGGUGAUGCUGGGCAUCACACAAGUAGAGUUUUGCCGAAUCUCAUGCUUUUGACUUCUGUCAGUUCUUUUGCAGCUAGUCUUACACAGCUUGCCCUGUGGUUAGAGGCGCGCGAGCAUUCUGACGAGGUGAAACAAGAAUUGGAUCAUGAUUUCGAUUACAUGCUUCCCGGUCACAUUGCCAGCACUGUUUGCUCCGCCCUUGGUGCUGGAUAUCAUUUCCUCGGCUGGUAUCAUCACAGCAAGGGCCUUCCAAAAUCAGCAGUUGCUGCCCAAUGUACAGGCAAUAUGCUACUCAGUGUCGGAGCUGCUAGCGAUGUCGUCCUCGUGCAUCUCAUCCCCGAAUGGAGUGAUACUAGCAAAGGUGCCUCGAUGCUCCGCAUUGUAGAUGUCAUGGAACUCGUUGCAACCGGCUGUGGUGUUUUGACUACUGGCAUGACCAUGGUGAGCAGUCAAAAUCCGGUCAAAGCUAAGGCUUUGGUCCAGCCGAUCAUGGCUGCUGGGGCUACUGAUGGAUUUCUUUCUGUCCUAACCCUGAUUAUGAAUGCUAUCGACCUCUCUCAAGACUAG